AUGAAUAACACUCCACAUAUAAAAAAUUUAUACUCGGAGCCUUCGAAUAAAUUAUUCGGAGAUUUAAGAAUCUGCACAAGAGCUAUGGAAUCGUGUGGUAUAGCAUGUAGUACCGUGUAUUUAGCGACACCAUGGGAAGUUGAAGGAGGAGGAAUGCUUGGGGUUAUUAAACUAAAGGAUCAAAUAAGAAAUCCUCCAAUAAUAAAAAUGAAAGGUCAUACAGCUAAUAUUCUAGACUUAACAUUUAAUCCGUGCUAUAAUCAAAUUAUUGCUUCAAGUUCAGAAGAUUUAACUGUUAGAAUUUGGGAGAUACCACAUGAAGAUGAAGAUAUAAAAGAGAUUACGAAUCCUGCUUGUAUUUUAAAAGGACAUAAAAAAAAAGUUUCAAUUAUUGAUUGGAAUCCCAUUAGUUAUUAUAUUUUAGCUUCUACAGCUUUUGAUUCAUUUUUAAAUAUUUGGGAUAUAGAUAAUGAAAAGAAAGCUUUUCAAAUAAGUAUGCCUAAAAAAUUGACUUCCUUAAAAUGGAAUACUAAAGGAAAUUUGUUAAGUGGCACGUGCCUUAAUAAAAAUCUACAUAUUAUAGAUCCUAGAAAAAAAGAAAUUUGUUACAGUUUUAGUGUGCAUAAUGGAGGUAAAAGUGCAAAAAGCAUAUGGAUUGAUGGCUUAUGUGGAGAUGAUAAUUGCGUUUUAAGUACUGGUUUUUCAAAAAAUAAUAUGAGAGAAAUAAAAUUAUGGGAUCUUAAAAAUACAACAACUCCUCUUACUUCUAUAUCUCUAGAUAACGCAUCUGCACCUUUGCUUCCUUUUUAUGAUGAAAACUUAGGAAUUGUUUACUUAAUUGGGAAAGGUGAUGGAAACUGUAGAUAUUAUCAAUAUUCACAGGGUAAUAUACAUAAAGUAGAUGAAUAUAAAUCAAAUUUACCCUUUAGAUCAUUUGGAUUUUUACCAAAACAAAUGUGUGAUAUAUAUAGAUGUGAACUUGGAAGGGUUUAUAAAAAUGAAAACAAUAACACUAUAAGACCUAUAUCUUUUAUUGUUCCUAGGAAAAAUUCUUCUAUUUUUCAAAAAGACUUAUAUCCUCCUAUAAUUGUGCAUAAUCCUGAAUAUGAUUCAAAGAAUUGGGUAGAUGGAGUAGAUUUAGAUAUUAAAAGAAUUGGAAUAAACGAAUUGACAAAUGAUGACUUAAAAAUUACUAAAAUGUUUAAAAGUAUUCCUAAAUCAUUUAAAAGUAUUAUUAUACAAGACCCCAUAGCAAGCAAAAAAAGUUCCAUUAUUAGACAAUUCACGCAAAGGAUAACCUUUUUUAAAAAGAAUAACGAAGACAAUAAUUCAUUAGAAAGCUUCAGUGGUGGUAUAAGUAUUCAUAACAACAGUUGUAAAGAAGAUGAUUUAUCAAAAAUUGAAAAGGAAAAUCAGUUUUAUCGUGAGGAGUAUGAAAAAAAUAAGAAAUAUAUCGAAUAUCUUGAAAAUACCAUAAGUGAUCUUAAAAAGCAAGUUAAAAAUAAAGAAGAAAAUACUAAUCAAAAUGAAAAAGGAAACAAAAUUAAAAAUAAUCUUAAUAAAUUUUUUGGAAAUGUUAAGCAUAUUAAAUUAUGUAAAAAAAGAAAUAAAUAUGUUAAUGAGGAUAAUAAAGAAAUUUCUAACGAAAAUGAAAUGGGAGAAGCAGUGGGAUAUGAAAAAGUGGAGCAAUGUACAUAUGAAAAUAAGGAAAUAGUUGAGUAA